UUUUUUCUUUCUUCUCAACAUCACUGGCUGCUUGUCAACCAUCAAAGCGGGCUUGGAGUUCAAAACAUAAACUACCCGCCGCGAAGGAAAUACACCAGAUUUGCCUGCUUUCGCUUGUGCACUGUGUUGUUUGCGGUACCUUUAAAUAAUGUUUUACCACAUAUCCCUGGAACAUGAGAUUCUGCUUCAUCCGCGAUAUUUCGGACCGCAGCUAAUCGAGACGGUUAAACAAAAGCUUUACACGGAGGUUGAAGGGACGUGUACGGGCAAGUACGGGUUCGUGAUUGCCGUAACGACGAUCGAUGAUAUCGGCUCGGGCACGAUACAACCGGGCCAAGGGUUUGUGGUGUACCCGGUCAAGUAUAAGGCGAUCGUUUUCCGACCAUUCAAGGGAGAGGUGCUGGAUGCGACCGUGAAGCAGGUGAAUAAGGUGGGCAUGUUUGCCGAAAUUGGCCCCCUUUCCUGCUUCAUCUCGCACCACUCCAUCCCGGCCGAUAUGCAGUUCUGUCCAAACGGUGCACCGCCGUGCUAUCGGGCAAUCAACGGAGAAAGCGUUAUAGCGGCGGAAGAUAAAAUUCGACUGAAAAUCGUGGGUACGCGUGUGGACGCGACUGGUAUUUUUGCAAUCGGAACGCUGAUGGACGAUUAUCUGGGGCUGGUCGGUAGCUAAUCAUUCAACGGACCGAGAGAUUCCUCGUCUCAUCCGAAAGACGAAAUAUCUAUUUAAGAUACAUUUGUACGUAAUGUUAAGGAUUCAAAUAUAUGCAGCGCAGGCUACUGAAAAGGGUUA